CGAUCUCUUGAGGGCAAAAAAAGGGGAGUAUCUGCUAUCUGAUCAAAUAAUGGCUGACAUACUCAGGGCUGCCAGGGCUGGUGACUUGAGUGCUUUGCGAGAUGCCAUCAAGAGGGGGGCUGAUGUCAACAGUGUGGAGGAUGGGUGGACUCCGCUCACAAGUGCAGCCUUUAAUGGUCAUACUAACUGUAUUAGAGAGCUGCUCUCCUCAGGAGCCGUGGUGGACCUGGCUGACAUGGAUGGGCGGACUCCACUCAUGGAGGCAGCCAGGGGAGGUCACACUGACAGUGUUAGACAGCUGCUCUCCUCAGGAGCCGUGGUGGACCUGGCUGACAAGAAUGGGCGGACUCCACUCUAUUGGGCAGCCAGUAAAGUUCACACUGACUGUAUUAAAGAGCUGCUCUCCUCAGGAGCCGUGGUGGACCUGGCUGACAAGACUGGGUAUACUCCACUCAUAAUGGCAGCCAGUGAAGGUCACACAGACAGUGUUAGACAGCUGCUCUCCUCAGGAGCCGUGGUGGACCUGGCUAGCAAGGAUGGGUGGACUCCACUCUAUUGGGCAGCCUAUAAAGGGCACACUGAUUGUGUUAGACAGCUGCUCUCCUCAGGAGCCGUGGUGGACCUGGCUAACAAGCGUGGGCAGACUCCACUCAUGUCGGCAGCCAAGUAUGGUCACGCUGACAGUGUUAGAGAGCUGCUCUCCUCAGGAGCCGUGGUGGACCUGGCUAGCAAGUAUGGGUGGACUCCACUCUAUUGGGCAGCCAGUGAAGGUCACACUGACUGUAUUAAAGAGCUGCUCUCCUCAGGAGCCGUGGUGGACCUGGCUAACAAGGAUGGGGACACUCCACUCAUGUGGGCAGCCUACUGGGGACGGGAAGAUGCUGUGAAGGAGCUUCUCUCAGCAGGGGCUUCCCCUCUCUGUACUAAUAAUAAUGGAGAGACUGCUCUGAUGAGAGCCAAGAAAUCACCUUACUCUAGCCCUUUAGCAGGAAAGCUGUUGGAGGAAGCUACUGAAUCACAUUCAUGCUCGCAGCAUGUUCCAGUCCUCCCUAAGAACUGGACCGUUGCCACUGACACAGAAAUGAAGAAGCCAGUCUACCAGAACAAGGCAGCAGGGGAAACCCUCUCCACGCCACCUGGAUAUCCCCUGCACCAAACCUCCGCACACCCUGAUGUCACUUUUUAUGGUGAACCUCAAGAGAAGGAGUUCACCUCCAGUGGUGGCCACGCUGACUUUGAUAAUGGAGUUGAAGUGACUGUUCCAGCUAAUGCUGUCCCAGCAGGCACCUCUGUGGGCAUUAAAGUCCAACCCAGCCUUGCCCCUAGGGAUGUGUUUAUGAUGCCUGAGGGCAUUCAAUCUGCCAGUCCGUCCUACUUGAUCUCUGGUGAAGGUCUAACCGGAGAGGUGACCCUGAGCAUGGAGCAUCAUGUACGAGUGUCCACCCAACAAGAAGCUGAUGACCUCCUCUUUCUCCAAGCUGACUCGUCUCCCAAGAGAUCUGGUUCUCAUAGUGUCUAUGAGUACCAGGUAUCAGAGGGAAGGUCAAAGUUCACUCCUGGAGGGAACACUGGGAGACUGACGCUGGGCACACGACUGAAGAACUUCUUUAAAAUUGGUCAGAGAAGAAAAAAAGGCAAAGCUGACAGUAACCUCUACACUGUCAGAGUCUACCGGUCUCCUCCACACACAACUGGGGACAGAAUGGCUCUUGUCAUUGUCAGCUACUUUAACCGUUUGUUUCUCGAUUUCUUGCAGAGGUUUGAGGUUGUCGUCAUUCCCCGAGAGUAUCCACACUUGUCAAGUAGCCCUGCUGAUAAGACAAUCAAACAACCUCUUUGCUUUGUCCAAGUUGAUGCAGUACUGGAGCUAGUCUGUGACCCAGCCUGGAGGAGUGUGCCUGACCAGAGAAUGAUUUCCCAAAAAGAAGUGGAUCUGCCAGUGAUUGGUCAGUUCUUGCCAGAGGAGCUUCAGUGCUACCCACCCAGGAUAGUGUGUCGGUUCUUCCCUGAGCAAGGAGCUGUCUCCUGCACCACAUGCACUCUCUCAUUGCUUGGUUUUGACCAGCCAGUCAGUGUGGACAUGGCACUGCUCACUCCUCAGAGAUCAGUGGACACUAAACAACUCAAGGACCAUGAUACAGUCAGAGAAGAGGUGUCUUCUAAAUUAGGACCAUCCGCUAAACGAGUCACUCUUCAAGAACUAGUAGAGCAAUACAAUCUGACUGACGAGCAACUCAACAGUGAAAUAGAGGUUCCUGAUACUCCCGAAUUGGCCUUAUGUUUUGAUGAUGUGGAACUUUAUUCGAGUGCAAUGGGGCUAGCUAUUGCUGAACAAGCCGAUGUGAACCAAUCACGUGGAACUCAAGCAGCCAUGAUGAAGUGCUUGCAAAUCUGGAAACAACAUAAUCCUUCACAAGCAACUUACAGAGCUCUACUGGAUAUCGCACUGAGAUUGGGGAAAGGAGACACAGCUCAUCAAAUCUGUCAGCAAUUGACCCAACGAGGUGUGAGCGGUGUGGUCACUGGCUCGGACUGUAUACAGGUUGAGGCUAGCGUUGCACGGAAUGUUCCGACUGUAGCCUGGACUGUGGUGGACAUUAAUGAAGCCACUGAAGUACUGAGGAGAACAGUUGGUGAGAUGACCACCUCACAGCUUGGCUCUACUGUGGAGACUGUACUGUCACUAAUGGAGAAAAUGACAAUUGCACUUCAGUCAUCUUCUCUGAGUGAGCUGACAGGCCACACUGACUCCAUACGGACAAAUGUUAGGUCCAUUCGUCGACUAGCCAGGAAGAUUGUCAAGGAGUGCAACAUUGGAGCCAGUCUCUCUAAGAUGGAGACUUUAUCUCAUAAGCUUGGACGGUUGACCGAGGACAAACUCGGAGACUGUCAAGGCCUGGCAGAGAGUGUUCAAACAUUGCCAAGAACAAUUGAUGGUAAACUUACAUAGUACAUGUGUUAGCGUAUUAUUUGUUUGUGAUGACCUGUAUUUUUAUCAGUUUGAAUGCACGUAUAAUUAUUUGUUUGGAUGAUGUAAUCGGACUAUGAAUUGUGAGUCACAUUGUUGUGGUGGUCAUGUACUGUCAUGCUCCCUCAUGAUUGUUAUGCCUUGAUGCGUAUGGUCCAUGCAGGGGCACACAGUCAUCUGUUUGUGUGUGCAUGUGUGUGUGUGUAUUCCAGCUGUAACUGUUCCUUCUAUUAGCAGUAUACAAGCAUCAUAUCACCUUCUAGGUAAAGGUUGUUGAAUAACAUUGUGUAACUAGCAAUAAUAGAACUGGCGAUCUUUACCAAAUCACCAAACCAGCAAAGAAGAGAAGAGACCCUGCAUACUGGUGCAACUUACAGAGCUUUUGUGAAACUACUCCUAAGAAUGAGGAAAUAUGACAUUGCUAGUAAAGUGUUCAAACAAUGCCAAGAGAAUGGUAAACUUACAUAGUACAUGUGUAGCGUAACCUGUGGCAGAGGAGUAACCCAGCUGCUGCAACUUAUAGAACUCUAGUGAAACUACUCCUAACAUUAAGGAAAUAUGAGAUUGCAAGUAAAGUGUAUAAACAUUGCCUAGAUAAUAGUAAACUGACAUAGCACAUGUGUAGCGUAUUAUUUGUUUUGUGAUUAGCCUGUAUUUUUAUCAGGUUAGUAGAGUUUUAUACCGGUAGUGUGUUUUGUAUUGCCCGUAUAUAUUGGGUUCGUGUGACACGGCA